GCAAGGACCUGCAGGUGCUGCAGCUGGAGAUCCCGGGCAUGGAGCAGUGUCUGAACAUCGCCAGCUCCAUCGAGGCUCUCUCCUCGGUGGACUCGGUGAUGAUGCUGUACCCGUUCUUCUACCGCCCGCCGAGCCUGCAGCUCCAGCAGGGCUGGCACCUCCGCGUCCCCGAGCGCCACUUCCAGCGGGUGGCCUCGCAGACGAGCCGGUGGCGGCUGAGCACCGUGAACAGCGAUUUCAGCGUCUGCCCCUCGUACCCGCCCGCCGUGAUGGUGCCCGCGGCCGUGGCCGAUGACAUCGUGGCGAGGGCGGCGCGGUUCCGGCAGGGCGGGCGCUUCCCCGUCCUCAGCUACUUCCACCCCAAAAACGGCACCGCCCUGCUCCGCAGCAGCCAGCCCCUGACAGGACCCAACCGGCGGCGCAGCCGUGAGGACGAGCAGCUCCUGGGGACAAUCCUGGCCGAGGGCGAGCGCGGCUUCGUCCUGGACACGCGCUCGGCGCAGGCGGCCAAGCAGGCGCGGAUCAGCGGCGGCGGCACCGAGCACAAAUCCGCCUACCCCGGCUGGGGACGGCUGCACCGCGCCCUGGACAGGGGCCGUGUGCUGCAGGACAGUUUCUCCAGGCUGGUGGAGCUGUGCAGUGACCCCGCUGUGACCAUGGAGCGCUGGCUGGGCCGCCUGGACAGCAGCCGCUGGCUCAGCCACGUCAAGGCCGCCCUGAGCACGGCCUGCCUGGCUGCCCAGUGCCUGGACAGGGAGGGCUGCACGGUGCUGGUGCACGGCGCCGAGGGCACGGACACCACGCUGCUGGUGACAGCGCUGGCCCAGCUCAUCCUGGACCCCGCCUGCCGCACCCUGCAGGGCUUCCAGGGGCUGCUGGAGCGGGAAUGGAUCCAGGCCGGGCACCCCUUCCAGCUGCGCUGCGCCCGCUCCGCCUCCUCGCACGCCCGGGGCAAGCAGGAGGCUCCGGUGUUCCUCCUCUUCCUCGACUGCGUGUGGCAGCUGAGCCGGCAGUUCCCCCUGUCGCUGGAAUUUGGGGAGCAGCUGCUGCUCACCCUCUCUGACAACGCCUACGCCUCGGCCUACGGCACCUUCCUGUGCAACAACGAGAGGGAGAGGUGGGUGCGGGGACAAACCCCUCCUGUCACGGCUCAGGUGACACCAAACCCCGCUGGGGACUGGGAUGUGUCCCACCUGUGCCCCCACAGGAGCCUGUGUAAGGUGAGGGAAAGCACCCACUCGCUGUGGGCAUGGCUGGACCAGCCUGAGGAGAAGCACAAGUACCUGAACCCUCUGUACUCGCACAACCCCCUGGUGAUCUGGCCCUCCGUGGAGCCCCAGAGCAUCCAGCUGUGGCAGGGUUUUUUCCUCCGGUGGAUCCGUCCCUCCCAGCACCUGGAGGAGGCCUGGGGGCAGAUCCGGAGCUUGGUGCAGGGGAACAGCUGCUCCCUGCAGGAGAGCACGGGGGAAAGGCUGAGCCAGCCCCUCCCCGAGCCCCCUGCAGGGACAGAGAACGGGAAAUUUGGCACAAGGUGACGCUGGAUGGUCCCAUGGAAGGGCUGUGCAGGACACAGACCCCGUGGGCAGUUCUGGGGCAGGGGGCAGAGCUUUCCCAGCCUUCAGCUGCCCACCCUGAGCUCGUUUUAGUAAAUCUCUC